CGGGGGGGCGCGCCCCUCGCAGGAGGGGGCGUGGCCUGGACUCCUCGGGCACUCGGCUGGGGUGCCUCCCGCGCUGGGAGCCCGGUGACACUGUCGGCGCCCUCCUUCCAGCGACGGGCGGGGCAGCCAUGCUCCUGUCAGGGGGCGACCCUCCGGCGCAGGAAUGGUUCAUGGUGCAGACCAAAUCAAAGCCCCGAGUUCAGCGGCAGCGGCUGCAAGUGCAGCGCAUCUUCAGGGUCAAGCUGAACGCCUUCCAGAGCCGCCCAGACACCCCCUACUUCUGGCUGCAGCUCGAGGGGCCCAAGGAGAACAUGAGCAAAGCCAAGGAGUAUCUGAAGGGCCUGUGCAGCCCGGAGCUGUGGAAGGAGGUUCGCUACCCGCAGGCCCUGCACUGCGCCUUCCUUGGGGCCCAGGGCCUCUUUCUCGACUGUCUCUGCUGGAGCACUCUGGCCUACCUGGUGCCUGGCCCCCCUGGCUCCCUGAUGGUGGGGGGGCUGACUGAGUCUUUCAUCAUGACCCAGAACUGGCUGGAGGAGCUGGUGGGGCGGCUGCGCUGGGGCCCUGCCGCUCUGCUCACCCCCCGGGGGAUCUGGGAGGCCGAGGUGACCAGGGCCUUUGGGGCCCUGGUCUGGAUCCGCGGUGACCAGUAUGCAGGGGAUCUGCUGCAGCUGCCCCCAGCGGUCCAAGAGCUGCUGCUGAGCCUGGUGCGGGACGCUGCGGGCAAGGAGGACAUCAUCGAGUGGCUCGGCCGCAUCGGCACUUCCGAGUCACGCUCUGACCCCGAGGUCCUGAUCUGCCCUCCCCACCAGCAGAAGGAAGGCCCGGCCAUGGUGUCUGUGGGAGACGGUCCUGGGCCCUUCCUGGAGGUGGGGACCCUCCAGAACAGGAGUCUAGAACAUUCCAAGAGGUUAACCAGCCUGGGAGCCACCAGGGCCCUGGUCUUGGGUGCCCCAGGCCAGAACACACAACAGGAAACGGCGAACCAGCUGGUACGGGUCGAUUCCAACAGCCACAGUGGUGCAGACAGUGGUCGAGAGGAAGGGCCAGCGCGAGCCACCAGCAGCCAGGACUCUGCGUCCCAUGCACAGGCACUGUCCCAGCAGAAGCCAGGCCACAGAGUGGAAGACAAACUCCCCUUCCAGCCUCCGGUGUCAGCCCUGGGCGUGUGCCCGCCCUGGAAGGCCUGGACCCCGGGGCCAGCCUUUGGGCCCUUGUGGCCAGGGGCUAUCGCCGCCACCUUCUGGAGGAUCAAUGAGCUGCACUCCCUCCACCUGGCCUGGCUCCUGUCCCAGGCAUGCUUCAGUUUCCCCUUCUGGCAGAGGCCCCUGGGCCCCAUUCAGUUCAAGCUACCAGGGCAGAAUCCUUUGCCCUUGAAUCUCGAGUGGAAGCAGAAGGAGCUGGUUCCUUUGCCCAGCAUGGAAAGCCCCGAGUGCAGACCAGACGCGGGACCAGGAGGAGAGGCAGCCCUACAGAACUGCCCGAGGCCGGAGACCCCCCCGAAAGUCAUGAGUUUAUUGGUGGUCUCAGGGGGCUCAGGUGUAAAGGACAAGACUAGCCCUGGACUUCCCCAGAUAGGGCCCCCCUUGACCUCUGUACCGCCGCUGCAAACUGGAAGUGAGCCGGGGGAUCAAGGAAGUGGGCAGUGGGACAGUAAGGGGCCAGAAGAGGGGCCCUUUCCGGCGCUGCUGCCAGGGCAAGGAGUGUCUACAGCUCAGGGGGGGCCCGUGGCUCAAGGGGGGCCGACCGUGCCAUCAGUACCUGAUGCUCAAACAGUGCCUGAAACUCUUGAAGUGCCCAUGGCUGCAGCAGUGGCCACAGCUCAAACCCCACCUGCGGAUCAGGGGCUGCCUGCAGUCCCCAAAGUGCCUACAGCCCAGACGACGCUGGCAGUCCCUGCGGAACCUGCAGCUCUUGAAGUGCCUUCGGCCCCCACGAAGCCAGCAGCUCCAGGGGUGCCCUCGGCUCAGAAGACAGCCGUGGCUCCGCCGGCAUCAGCAGCUCCAGGGGCACCUGCAAAUCCAAAAGCUCCCGCAGCUCAGAAAACGCCUUCAGCGAAAUCGUCACCUGCAGGGCCCAAAACUCCCAAAGCCCAAACUGGGCCUGUAGCCAAAAUAGGGUCUGCUGGCUCCAAAGCCUCCAGAGCUCCUAAAACUCCUGUGGCUCAGAAGACACUCGCAGAUCCGGGGCCGGUCUCGGGUGCAGCCAAACUCCCGAGCGAGGGUCAGUCUUCGUCAAGGGGUGACGCCUCCUUCCCAAAGGGCCAGGGGGAGGCCGAAAGGCAGGGCCCCCAGUCUGGCAGCACCUCGGCUCCCGGUCGUAAGCACCAAGCUCAGACGGGGGGGCUCCUGGGGGCGCGGGAGGGGGCCCCGAGGCAGCCACCUCGCCACCCGCAGGCAAACAGCACGGUGACCAGCUUCCAGAGGUACCACGAGGCCCUGAACACACCUUUUGAGCUGAACCUGUCGGGGGAACCCGGGAACCAGGGCCUGCGGCGAGUGGUCAUCGAUGGGAGCAGUGUGGCCAUGGUGCAUGGCCUCCAGCAUUUCUUCUCCUGCCGUGGCAUUGCCAUGGCGGUGCAGUAUUUCUGGAACCGGGGCCACCGAGAGGUCACUGUGUUCGUACCCACCUGGCAGUUGAAGAAGAACCGGAGGGUGAGAGAGAGCCACUUCCUGACGAAGCUGCACUCCCUCAAGAUGCUUUCAAUCACCCCCUCCCAGCUUGAGAACGGCAAGAAGAUCACCACCUACGACUACAGGUUCAUGGUGAAGCUGGCAGAGGAGACAGACGGCAUCAUCGUUACCAAUGAGCAGCUCCACAUCCUGAUGAAUAAUUCCAAGAAACUGAUGGUCAAAGAUCGCCUGCUACCAUUUACCUUUGCGGGGAAUCUCUUCAUGGUGCCAGAUGACCCCCUGGGCCGUGAUGGUCCCACCCUGGACGAGUUUCUGAAGAAGCCAAACAGGCUGGACACUGAUGUGGGCAACUUCUUGAAGGUGUGGAAGACCCUUCCUCCCAGCUCGGCCAGCACCUCUGAGCCUAGCAAUGGUGUCGACCUUGCACCUCCCGAGAGUCUGCCGAAUAUAGAGGACGUCCAGGAGGAGAAGGAGGAGGGGCAAGACGAGGAGCAGAGGGAGGGGCAGGGGGCGCAGGAGCUGCCUGAAGAAGACGCCCCAGACUCCUCCCUGGCUUCAGUGUUCAGGGCUGAGUGCUCUUCUCUUUCUGAGGAAAUCCUCCGGUGCCUCAGCCUCCACGACCCCCCAGACGGGGCGCUAGACGUUGAUCUUCUGCCUGCGCCAGCUUCUCCUUACCUGGGCAUCCCCUGGGACGGGAAGGCGCCCUGCCAGCAGGUCCUGGCCCAGCUGGCUCAGCUGACCAUCCCUAGCAACUUCACUGCCCUGUCCUUCUUCAUGGGGUUCAUGGACUCCCACCGUGAUGUCAUCCCCGACUAUGAAGCUCUCGUGGGUCCCCUGCACAGCCUCCUCAAGCAGAAGCCAGACUGGCAGUGGGACUGGGAGCACGAGAAGGCCUUCCUGGCUCUGAAGCGAGCCCUGGUGUCUGCCCUCUGUCUGACGGCCCCCAAUGCCCAGCUGCCCUUCCGUCUGGAGGUGACAGUGAGCCAGGUGGCCCUGACGGCCGUCGUCUAUCAGGAGCACUCAGGGAGGAAGCACCCCAUAGCCUAUACCUCAAAACCUCUCCUCCCUGACGAGGAGAGUGAGGGCCCCCAGUCAGGGGGAGACAGCCCCUAUGCUGUUGCCUGGGCCCUCAAACAUUUUUCCCGCUGCAUUGGAGACACCCCAGUGGUCCUGGACCUUUCCUACGCCUCCCGGACCACCGUGGGCCCCGAGGCACGGGAGGGCCGCAGGGUUUCCAAAGCGUGGUUGAUCCGAUGGUCCCUCCUGGUACAGGACAAAGGCAAGAGGGCCCUGGAAUUGACCCUUCUCCAAGGCCUGCUGGGAGAAAACCGGCUGCUGACGCCCGCAUCCUCGAUGCCUCGCUUUUUCCAGGUCCUGCCUCCUUUUUCCGACCUGUCUACUUUCGUCUGCAUCCACAUGUCGGGCUAUUGCUUUUACCGUGAGGACGAGUGGUGUGCCGGCUUUGGUCUCUACGUCCUGUCUCCCACCAGCGCCCCAGUCUCCCUUUCCUUCUCUUGCUCCCCUUACACACCAACCUAUGCCCACCUGGCAGCCGUGGCCUGUGGCCUGGAGCGCUUCGGCCAGUCCCGCCUCCCCGUGGUUUUCCUCACGCACUGCAACUGGAUUUUCAGCCUCCUCUGGGAGCUCCUGCCCCUGUGGAGGGCUCGAGGCUUCCUCUCCUCAGACGGGGCCCCGCUACCUCACCCAAGCCUGCUCUCAUACAUCAUCUCGCUCACCUCUGGCCUCUCCUCCCUCCCAUUUAUCUACCGAACCUCCUACAGGGGCUCCCUGUUUGCCGUGACAGUGGACACCCUGGCCAAACAGGGCGCACAGGGGGGUGGGCAGUGGUGGGACCCGCCCAAGGACGUGCCGGUCCCCGUCCUGUCCCCCCACACCAUGGGCAAGAGGCCUGACUUGCUUGCAUUGCAGCAGAGUGACAGCACCUUGGCUGAGGUCAUUGCCAAACUCCGGGUCGGGCAGAAACUGCCCGGCUCCUCCCCCUUCAGUUCUGUCUUUAACUCCCUCAGCCUCGACCAGGAGAGCGGCCUGCUCAUGUUCAAGGGGGAUAAGAGGCCCAGAGUCUGGGUGGUCCCGAGGCAACUCCGGAGGGACCUGAUUUUCUCUGUGCAUGACCUGCCCCUGGGUGGCCACCAGCGGCCCGAGGAGACCCACAAGAAGUUGCGGUUGCUGGGGUGGUGGCCCGGGAUGCAGGAGCAUGUGAGGGACUACUGCCGGAGCUGCCUGUUCUGUAUCCCACGGAACCUCACCGGCAGUGACUUGAAGGUCAUUGAGUCCCCGUGGCCUCUCAGGUCCACUGCCCCCUGGUCCACCUUGCAGAUCGAGGUGGUGGGCCCCAUCACCAUCAGUGAGGAGGGCCACAAGCAUGUGCUGAUCGUGGCCGACCCCAACACCAGGUGGGUGGAGGCCUUCCCGCUGAAGCCCUACACACACACAGCGGUGGCCCAGGUGCUGCUGCAGCAUGUGUUUGCCAGGUGGGGCGUCCCUGUGAAGCUGGAGGCUGCCCAGGGCCCCCAGUUCGCUCGACACGUCCUGGUGAGCUGUGGGCUGGCGCUGGGAGCCCAGGCAGCCUCCCUUAGCCGGGACCUCCAGUUCCCCUGCCUGACCAGCUCCGACGCCUACUGGGAAUUCAAGAGGGCCCUCAAGGAGUUCAUCUUCCUGCAUGGCAAGAAGUGGGCAGCCUCCCUGCCCUUGCUACACCUGGCCUUCAGGGCCUCCUCCACCCAGGCCACGCCUGUCCAGAUCCUGACGGGAGACGAAGUGAGGCUCAGCAAGCCCCUGUGGUGGGAGAUGAGCAGUGCCAAUAUUGAAGGCCUCAAGAUGGAUGUCUUCCUGCUGCAGCUCAUUGGGGAGCUGCUGGAGCUGCACUGGCGGGUGGCUGACAAGGCUAGUGAAAAGGCAGAGAACAGGCGUUUCAAGCGGGAGAGUCAGGAGAAGGAGUGGAAUGUGGGUGACCAAGUCCUUUUGCUGUCCCUCCCCAGGAAUGGCAGCAGUGCCAAAUGGGUGGGCCCCUUCUAUAUUGGGGAUCGCCUGAGCCUGUCCCUCUACAGGGUCUGGGGCUUCCCAACUCCAGAGAAGCUUGGCUGCAUCUAUCCUAGCAGUCUGAUGAAGGCCUUUGCCAAGAGCGGCACACCCCUAUCCUUCAAGGUCUUGGAGCAAUGACCGGGGUGGUGGGAGAGCCCCCCACUCCAAGGUCCUGGGCUUUUGCUGCUAGGCCUCCCCCAGCCCCGGGGAGUGGUCUCACAGCCCCCUGGGGGCCUCGGUUGUGCCUUUUAUGGAGAAGUUAAUUCACAAAGCUUUGCUGAAUUGCCUUGAACUGGGGACAGGUGUCCCUAUGGAAACAUCCCCAGUUUGGGGUAUUGGGAGAAUGUGUCAAAGGCUGUGAGAUAUGGGCCUCUGGCGAUUUCACCCUGGGGGAAGGGUAGGCCAGGCUCAAUGUCUUUCCCUGAGUAUUUCCAUCAUCCUGUCACACGCGGGCAUGUAUAUAUACAUGCCCCCCAGAGUUUUACUUCUGGUGUGAUUCUGGGCCUCAGAAUCGGAACUACAUUCCCUCCUGUAAUGUGGACUUCCCCUGAACUGUUCAUUUGGGGACCCUUUGCCCUUCGAGUUAUCACAGCUGACACAAAUCCAUGAGGUUGUCACAGCCCAUUCCCAGUCACAUGGCCACCUUCCUCAGGCCAGGCUAGGUCUGCCCAGCUGUCAAGGAGGGGCUGGCCGUCCUGAGCCCGGGGCUCGGAGCCGGGGUAGGAGUAUG